GCCUGACAUCAACCCCGUGGCUUUAUGAAAGACGUAAAUCCCUCCGCGGGCAGCGGUUAUCCAAACUGUCUGUCUUGGAGAAGGGGGGCGUCUCGAUCGGGUCCAAAAACACCCUCUCGGGUCCCUUUAUCCGCCUCGUAUGAGCUUCCCACUGGCUGCAAGCUAAAACCUGUCGUCAUCCGCCGACUCUCCCUCCACUCAAGCUGCUUUUCGCUUCAGCAGCGAUCCAGCGGACCUAGCCGAGCAGGGAAGUGGGCAUCGUCUUCUUCUUCUUCGGACAGCUCUCUUCCGUCUCUCUCUCUCUUUGUCUUGCUAUCUCCCUCUCUCGCCCCCAACACAGAUGCUCCCAGCCGUGCAGAUUGACAGGAGUGAUGGGAUGUGUCAACUAGCAGACAAAUCAUCCCUGGAAGAUGUAAACAGACUGAAGGACUCAUCCGCAGUGUUGACGCCAGAACGAGACAAAGGUGACGAGGCGGACGAGUGGGUCGACCGCGGCGGUACCGGUAUGGGCGUGGGCAAGAACACCGCUUCCAAGGCCGCGGACAGCAACAGCGAGGGAGGCAAAUACGAAGAGGAGAACAAACGUGGAGCGGACUUCUACCCCAUUCCGGUGGUGGUAAAUGGAGUGGGCGGACCCAAUGGGGACCAGGAUACAGAGAACACCGAGCUGAUGGCUAUCUAUUCAAAAGAUGUUCAGCGAGCAGAAAAGAGCUCAUUGUCAGAGACGGACAGCUCAGACAGCACUGAUCUGAGGAGGAUGGACAUGAUCUAUAUCAUAGAAGACACUCCGCCUUGGUACCUGUGUGUGUUUUUAGGCCUACAGCACUAUUUGACAUGUUUCAGUGGAACUAUAGCAGUGCCAUUCCUCCUCGCUGAAGCCAUGUGCGUCGGAUCUGAUCAGUGGGCCACUAGCCAGCUCAUAGGGACCAUUUUCUUUUGUGUCGGGAUCACAACCCUCCUACAGACCACGCUGGGCUGCAGGUUGCCUUUGUUCCAGGCCAGCGCUUUUGCCUUCCUUGCCCCAGCCAGAGCUAUUCUGUCACUGGACAAAUGGAAGUGCAACAACACCGGGAUACUCGAGACAAACGGCACAGAAAUUCUCCACACCGAACACAUCUGGCAUCCUAGGAUACGAGAAAUCCAAGGGGCCAUCAUUGUGUCAUCCCUGGUGGAGGUGUGCAUCGGGGCGCUGGGUCUACCCGGUCUCCUGUUGAAGUAUAUCGGACCGCUGACCAUCACGCCCACGGUGGCCCUCAUCGGCCUCUCUGGUUUCCAGGCGGCAGGGGAAAGGGCAGGAAAGCAUUGGGGCAUUGCUAUGUUGACUAUUUUCCUGGUACUACUUUUUUCCCAGUAUGCUCGUAAUGUCCACUUCCCAUUGCCGGUCUACAAAGCAAAGAAAGGCUGGACUUCCUAUCGGCUGCAAGUUUUCAAAAUGUUCCCAAUCAUCAUGGCCAUCCUGGUUUCGUGGCUCCUGUGCUUCAUUUUCACGGUGACGGACGUCUUUCCACCUGAAAAGAACAAAUAUGGCUACUAUGCCCGAACAGACGCACGGCAAGGGAUCCUAUCUGCUGCACCCUGGUUCAAAAUCCCCUACCCCUUCCAGUGGGGCAUCCCGAGCGUAACGGCCGCAGGCGUCAUCGGCAUGAUGAGCGCCGUCGUAGCCAGCAUCAUCGAGUCCAUCGGUGACUAUUACGCCUGCGCCCGUCUGUCGUGUGCCCCUCCUCCUCCUAUUCACGCCAUCAAUAGGGGCAUAUUUAUCGAGGGGGUCUCCUGUGUCCUGGAUGGUCUUUUUGGGACAGGAAACGGUUCCACUUCCUCCAGUCCAAAUAUCGGCGUCCUUGGAAUAACAAAGGUGGGCAGCAGGCGUGUGAUCCAGUACGGUGCCGCCAUGAUGCUGCUGCUGGGCCUCGUGGGUAAAUUCAGCGCCCUGUUCGCCUCCCUGCCGGACCCCGUGCUGGGCGCUCUGUUCUGCACCUUGUUCGGCAUGAUCACGGCGGUGGGGCUUUCCAACCUGCAGUUUGUCGACCUCAACUCGUCCAGGAACCUUUUUGUUCUGGGCUUCUCCAUCUUCUUUGGGCUGAUGUUGCCAAGCUACCUCAAAAAGAACCCGCUGGUGACAGGCAUUAUUGAGAUUGACCAAGUGUUAAACGUUCUCCUCACCACUGCCAUGUUUGUGGGAGGCUCCGUUGCUUUUAUCUUGGAUAAUACUAUUCCAGGUACUCCUGAGGAGCGAGGCAUCAAGAAGCUAAAGCGCGGUUCGGGUCCCAGCUCCGCCGAGCUGGAGGGAAUGCGAUCGUACGACCUGCCCUUUGGAAUGGACUUCAUCCGCAGGCACCCCAUCUUCAAGUACUUCCCGAUCAGCCCCACCUUCGCCGGCUACCAGUGGGGAAGGCUUCGGGAAACCUGCGUGAGCUGUAACAGUAGCGGACACGGGGAUGCGGGCGAGGGAGGGGGUUCCCACGGCGAGAGUCUGGCGUAGCUGUCGGGAUGGUGUGUGAAUUCGGGGAGCAAGGGAAGGUACACUGAGAGAUUUGGAGCGUGUGGAUGACAUGUGGAGCACCGACCUCUGUCUGUCUGUCUGUCUGUCUGUCUUUGUCAUUUCCCACCAUGCUAUUUUGAGCAUGUUAACGCAAGUCGCAGCCAGCAUGCCCCCAGAAGACGCUACCACGUGGAGUCUGCUUGGUGUGUUUGCAUGUGUGCUCGAUAUGCGGAAUGGUUAUGUGCAUUCUUUCACGCCGUCACUUUAAUCCACACGGGCAUACAACGAUGACACAAUAAAUCUGUCAAUUGAGAAUUAUGCAAAAAAAAAGGUGGCAAUGACAUAAUGCCAUGAAUGCAAACACAUGGAUGCACACCAACGGCCCGAUCUAAAUUAGCUUAGAGGCUGCAGCUCGAGGACGCACGACUGCAAGUCGGCAGGCCCCGGCGAGGUGAUUUUUUUUGUUGCUGCCUCCUCAGUUGUGAAUGUUAUGCCUUGCUCAUUUCAAAACUUCCCAUGAAACAAAUUGGAGUUCCACGCAUUAAAGUUCACAGUUUACAUAUCACCACGGUUAUCAGUAUUAGCCACUACUAUUUUAACGUGACACAAAGGGUUCAUCUUGCAACAUCUCAAAUACUUUUUUCACGCGAGUUUUCCUGGAGUCAUCUUCACUUCCGCUACUUGUGAAUAAAUACCUAAAAGUAAAUCAACACUCGGAUCACAUUCAAAUUUUCUGGAAAGUGUGUGGUGAAAUCCGUAUGUCUUGUAUAGAAAGCUGCGGCUGCUAUUUCUAACCAAGAAAGUCCACCAAUGUUUUAUACAUGUCGUCAAGUGGGCAAACCUUUGACGGGAAGACAGAUGGGGAGCAAAAAGGCGCUCGGUUGCCCGGUUACGCCAACUGUUUCUCCUCCAUUAACUUUCUACCUCUCUCUUUUCCCGCUCCGUUAUUUUUGCCCUGUCUUGCGCACUUUGUAGGCCCAUUGUUGCUCAAUUGUAAGUUAGACUGAAUGAUACUUCACCACACACUCACCUGAGAACCUGCCUUCAUCUUUAUUACGACUUUUGUAAAUAUAUUUACAAUCUGCCUAAGAGUUCUGAGGUUAAAUAUUAUGUUCUACCCGUGCUUUUGUGGGUUGUCGGCUUCCUCCCGCAUUCCACAAACUUGAGUUGACUGAAGACUCUAAAUUACCCUUAGGUGAGACUGUAAGUGUAUCAUUUUCACAUGACUAUACUUUGGUUCUGAUUUCUGGUGCAGUGCAAGCUUCUGUUUUAUUAUUAUUAUUAAGUGCAAGCUUCUGUUUUAAUGCCGUUGUCAUAAUUGGCAAAAAUAAUGCCGCCUGGAGGAGUUGUCACUCCUUUUCAUCAAUGGCUUCAAGACAAUCACUUCCUGACAACUUUUUUUUUUUUUUUUAAAUCAGAUUCAUUAGGUAUAAUAUUUUUCAGAAACAUUUUACAACAUGUGGGAUAAGCUUUUAUAGGUCCAACCUAAAAAUGAAAAUAAUCUUAAAAACAUGAUGUUCUAGAAAUGAAGUAGACAUCUUUUAGAAUCCACAUAGCGCAAGUGAAGAUAACUCCAGGUAUCCCCCGUUCUCUGUUGGCUUCUUCCGAAAGCAAUUCCGUACUGUACCUUGCGUGGCCUUAUCAGAGACGUGUCGUAAACGCUGACCCUGCAUGUUUCAAUGUCUUUGACUGUUUGCUGGACUCUCUGACCCUUUGUGUGGAUCCUCCGUUACUGGUUUACAGGGUCACGUGUCAACUACUGUAGUUUGCAUUAGCCAACUGGAACGGAACAAGAGAAUGUGUAUGUUGUGUUUACUAGCUGGAUUGGAUUGUCUGUUGCUAAUGCUGUCAACUUUUUAUUACUCUUGCCGACUUUAUGUUCCAUAAUAAUGGCAACAUGGUUCCACUAAAUUACUUGAAAAGUGCUAAAUAUUGUAUCCAUUUUUUUUUUUUUUUUUUUUUUUU